AUGGAUGAAAAAGAGAAUAAGGUGCUGCUGGAUGGUGAAUUGAAGUUCUUUUUGUAUGAUAAUGGAAAUGUGAGUUGGGAAAAAAGGGAGGGAAAUGAAAUGAACUCGGUUAGGCUUGUUAGGCUUGGGACAGUUUUGUUCAGGAUGUUUAGGCCUGGCUCAAGGGCUUUGGUUGUUACGUUAAGAAUGUUAGUUAGACUUUUUAAUGAAGUUAAUUUUAAGCUUCUAGGCUAUUGGACUUAGGUUAUUCAGCUUGAACUGUUACGUUUGGAUUUCUGGAAUUUCUUAAUUCCUAGAAGUUUCUAAAUGAGUCUUAACAAAUUUGAAUUUUUCAAAGUUUGGCAGCAAAGUUCAAGUUUCAUUUGAUUUCAAAACGUGUUUUAUAAUCUAUGUGGUUUAUGAUUCAUUAACAGAACCUAUUUUCAGUCCAACCUAGAUCGCCUAAAUCGAACAAUACGACUUCGAGUAGAUCCACACGGCUACAUUCUCUACUGGCGAUACAAAGACAAACUACUCUUCAAGCAGAAAGAAUUGUCACGCGAGAAGAACUACAUUUUCCUGGAGAAGAUCUACGAUGUUCGAGUGGGCAAUCCGACAAAUCUCGAACUUUCGCCGCACGAGCAACAAGUUCGACAAAACUUUUUGACAAUUGUCAGCGGUCAAAGUAUAACGAAUCUCAAGUUCAAACAUUUCGUCUAUCUCAACAAGGAGCCGCAUGAUCUUCAGGAUUUUGCAGAAAAAUUGUUCAGAUUGGUGCAGAAGGUGAAAUCGGAGGAGCAUGGAUUGUUGUAUCAUUUUAGGAAAAAGCUGGCACCAAAUAUGUAUGCCCUAUUUUCACCGAGAUGUAUAGAAGAAGAGUGGGUUUGGAAUUUUCUUUAAAUGGUAGUCAAUGUUAAAUUGCACUUUCAGCAUCAUUCGAAUAUUUGACCAAAACAAGAAGACGACAAAAAACGAGUGGGUGUCGAUCGGAAAACUUUUAUCAAUUCAUUCGCGCCAAAAUGUAAAUAUUGAUGAUCAGAAAUUGUUGAAAAUUAUUUGUAUAUUGACAAAGUUGGAGGGUAGCCGAUUGGAAAGUGUGUUCAGGAAAAUGCAAGUUUCAAAAAUAAAUGGGCGGAGCCUAUUCAUAUCCCUUUUUCGUCUCGCGCACUGCUCUCCUCUCGUUUUCUCUCACGUGAAAUUGUAGCUAACGAAAAAAAUAAUUUUUUUGUAGAAGUGAAGAUGAACAUCGUGUUUCGCGUGAAGAAUUUGGCGAGUGGGUUCGGAGAAAUCAACACGAUCAUCGGUUGAAUGAUGCAAGGUUCGGACAAGUUUCGGAUAAGAAAAUUGAUUCGACUUUUGAUGAGUGGAAUUAUCAGAAAGGUGAGAGCAAAACAAAUUUUCCCAUUUCAAAAUCUGUUAUUUUAGACACCCCAGUCACCUCUCAAAUGUUCGCUCAUUGGAUGAUGUCAGAUGAUCACGGCGUAGUCGUAACCGCCCAACGUCAACGUCUUGACGUGGCAAGUAUGCGCGAUCCAAUCAAUCGAUAUUUCAUCGACAGCUCGCACAACACAUAUUGCUCUGGAAAUCAAUUAGUUUAUGCUCUUGGAAAAUGUGCAGCCGACGUGGAAAUGUAUCGACAAGUUCUUCUGGCUGGUUGUAGAUGUAUUGAGCUGGAUGUUUGGGACAACAAGGAUAAAGACGAGGCUCCGGUGAUAACUCACGGGCCGACAGCGGUGAUGGGAAUGAAUGAGAUCUCGCUGAUCGAUGUUUGUCUCGCGAUCAAAGAGUAUGCCUUCAAAACCUCGGCGUAUCCAUUGAUUCUAUCGAUUGAGAAUCAUUUGAGUCGAAAGCAGCAGGAGAAAAUGGUGCAGAUUUUUAGAAGUGUUUUUGGCGAUUUGUUAUUGACGUCAUCACUAUCGAAGUAUCCAUUAUAUGAGAAGGAUGGGAAAGGUAACCUAUUUUAAGCUUCAAGAAAUAUUUCUAGAUUUUCAGACAUUCUAUAUCCCUCCCCGGAAGAACUCAAAUACAAAAUCCUGAUUAAAGCGAAGAAGAAGUUUGAGAAAUUUGAAUCUAGAAGUCGCGAAUCUUCAAGCAUCGAUCUCUCCCAACAAUCUUUCGAUUUAACCGAAGAUGAAGCACUAGAGCAUCAAAUUUUCAAAGAGCUUAGUGAAGAGCAGCAAAAAGCGCAGCUCGCCGCACUUCCCGAGGAAACAUCGUGCUCAGAGCUCUCAGCGAUUAUAAACUAUAUGCAAGCAUUUGAAAAUAAUCGGAGUGUUUCAACGGGCCAGAACAUUGAUAAUGCGAAGAAUGAGAAUUUUCAUUGUAUAGUUUCUGUCGAUGAAAAUCUGACACACGCUUUGAUUCGGAAUAGUACAAUUGACAAAGUUCAAAGUCUUGCAAAAUCAAAACUGAUUCGUGUUUACCCGAAAGCCUCAAGAAUCUAUUCGACGAAUUAUUGCCCAAUGAUCCAUUGGUUAGUCGGAUCACAAAUGGUUGCUCUAAAUUAUCAAACAAAUUGUCACAACAUGCAAUUGAAUUAUGCGAUGUUCGAAAGAAAUGGAGGUUCAGGAUAUGUCAGAAAACCAGAUUAUAUGCGAUUUCGCGAUAUUAAACUGAAACCUCGGAUCGAGAUUCCAUUCACAAUUGCUUAUACAAUCGAAGUAGAAGUUUUAUCCGCAUAUUUUCUCUCCUCAAUAGGAACAGAGAAAUUCCGUCGACGCAGUUCGAUCAGCGUACAUCUUUUCGAUGUUCCAGAUGUUGUGUCAACUGGCGAAACACCAACAGGAACCACAAGUUCAAAUAGACCGGGAGGAAAUAGUUGCCGGCGAGCGAAACUGAAGGAGGAAAUCAAUUUUGUGACAAAUUAUGAUCGAUACAUUUAUCGAUUCGACAAAGUGAUGCUCAAUGAUUUGUCGUUUUUACAAUUCAAUAUUCAUAAUGAAUCAAACAAUUUGAUCGCUCAGCGGGUUUUACACUUGGACACUAUUAAUAAUGGUAGGUUUUUUGAGAUUCCCUGGUGAAAAAUCGUCUACAAAAGGCGUCACGGUGUUGCGCGUAUGUCUGCAAACACACAAACACACGAAAAUUCAAAAAUGGUCGCCUGAAACUGGAACCUAAAGCGAAAAAAAUUCAAAAAAGCCACAAUUUCACGUGAGAGAAAACGAGAGAGUGUGCGUGCAGAAGAGACGCGAGACGAAAAAGGGAUAUUCCGUGACCAACCUUUAAUCAUACAAUUUCCAGGCUAUCGCUUCGUGAUCCUUCGCUCGCCAUCAAAUCAAUGUGUCGGCCCGGCAAGCCUGCUGGUCAGAUUCGAUUGCUACAUGCAUAGCGAUCGAAAAAACCUGCGCGACCACAAACAAAUGUACAAUCCACACGCAUUCGAUCGCGAAAACGACAUUUGGGCGCGCCGAUUCUCCAACCCGUUUGCCGAUUUCGACGAGUCCGAUCAGGACAACUUUCUGCUUGUCGAGGGAACUCGAAGGGGUGCUGAGGAAACUGAGCCAACAACUCCAACAGGUCCCUCGAAACCCAUCAGUUUUGCGCACGCUAUGGUGGAUAAAAUUGCGUUUUGGAAGAAAAAAUGA